AUGAAUGGAUCAUCCGUCAUUUUCACUUUCACAGCUUAUAAGGAGAUUGGACCAGCCAAAGAUGUAAUCUUUACCAUCCUAUUCUUCAUUUAUCUCGCCACUGUAGUAGCCAACACCGCCCUCAUGAUUUUAAUCUAUGUGGACAGGUCGCUCCAUAAACCAAUGUACAUAUUUUUGUUUAGCUUGAUAUUUGAUGGUUUGAUUGGUAGCACAGCAGCUUGGCCAAAGGUCAUGGGCCACCUUGCGACUGAUAUUCACUCAGCCUCGUAUGAAGCCUGCCUUGUUCAGACUUUUUUCAUCACUUCCUAUGGAGGUUGUAUUUACAGUAUGCUAACUGUCAUGGCCUAUGACAGGUAUGUGUCCAUUUUCCAACCUCUGCUUUACCACACCAUAAUGACCCCACACAAGGUGAGGGUGCUCUUGGUUGUGGCUAACCUCCUCCCUGUCGGACUGGUGUUGGGUCAGAUAUGCCUGACAUCUGGGAUCCCUUUGUGCCGGUACAGCAUUCAUAAAAUAUUCUGUGAUAAUUUAUCUGUGUCUAAUCUGGGCUGUAGUCAGAGCACUCACACUCUUGUGACCAAUCUCUAUGGUAUAUGUACUGUUGUUUUCAUAAUCGUGCUCCCGAUACUACUGAUCCUACUGUCGUAUCUUAAAAUCUUUGUGCUGAGUUCAAGGUUAUCAGCAGACGCACGAAAAAAAGCCUUUGCCACAUGUACUCCGCAUUUACUUGUUUUUCUGAAUAUUUCCUUGUCUUUGUUGUUUGCUGUCAUUUACAAUCGCAUAACUUACUAUGUACCAAUAGAGGUUAAUAUAUUUUUAUCAUCCCAUUUUAUUCUUGUACCUCCACUAUUUCACCCCAUUAUAUAUGGUAUGAAAAACCACGACAUUAGAAAAAGCCUUUCAAAAAUUCUGAGAUCUGGGUCUGUAGUCACUGGUUGUCUGACACAACCUAAGAAAUCAACUGUUUUUGUGUUCUCAUAGCUGUGUC